AGGCUCUUGCAGCUUGACCAGGAAACGAGAGAAACGCAGGCAAACGUCGUGGUGCGCGUGUGUCUCCUUGUUAAUGUCAAAGUUCUCUCUGGGUCUUUUUCCAAAUCGUAUCACAUGGACACAAACAAGCUGGAAGUCGUGAACUAAGAAACGAAAAUGCAGCCUCAAGCGGAUCUUCAGCCACAAGAGGAGUUUAGGGAACCUCCGACAAGGAUGACAAAAAAACAGACCCUCACCUUAAUAUCCAUGGCGUCCGUCAACUUCAGCUCCAUGAUCUGCUACUCUAUACUGGGGCCCUUCUUUCCCGUUGAGGCAGAAAAGAAAGGCGCAACCCAGACAGUGGUGGGCGUCAUAUUCGGCUGCUACGCUGUAAGCAAUUUGAUUGGCUCGUUGAUCCUGGGCCGAUAUAUCGUGCAAAUCGGCGCAAAGUUGAUGCUCAUCACAGGACUUUUUGUGUCAUCUGGCUGCACCAUUCUCUUUGGGCUGCUGGACAGAGUUCCUGCCGGUCCUGUUUUCAUUGCCUUGUGUAUCAUCGUGAGGUCUGUGGAUGCCGUCGGCUUUGCUGCCGCCAUGACUUCUUCUUUUGCCCUCUCAGCAAAAGUAUUCCCAAACAAUGUGGCCACUGUCUUGGGAAGUUUGGAAGUGUUUACAGGCCUGGGCCUCAUCCUGGGACCACCCGUAGGAGGUUGGUUCUACCAGUCCUUUGGAUACGAGGUUCCCUUCAUGGUGCUCGGCUGUUUCCUUUUGAUUAUGGUACCACUCAACAUCUACAUCCUUCCCUCCAUUGAUGCCGCAGCCUCAAAGAGUUCCUUCUUCAGUCUUCUCAAAAAUAUUCAAAUCAUCCUGCUCUGCUACGUCAUCUUCACCCUAAGUUCAGGUCUGGGUUUCCUGGAUGCAACGUUGUCCCUGUACGCCGUGGAACAGUUCAAACUGUCCACCGGCUACGUGGGUCUGAUCAUGCUGGGUUUGUCCUUCCCAUACUCCCUGGGGUCUCCAUUAAUGGGCUUUUUCACUGAUAAAUACCCUGCGUCCAGGAGCUGGUUCAUGGUGAUCGGGGGCACUGCCACAGCUUUUGGCUUCAUGUUCCUGGGACCUGUCCCUUUCCUUAACUUACCAAGACAACUCUGGCUGCUGGUCUUCAUGCUGGGAGUAAUUGGCUUUUCCCUGGCCAUGACUGCCAUCCCCAUUUUCCCUGAGGUCAUCAAAUGUGCCUACGACAAUGGCUACGAGGAGGGACUGAGCACUCUGGGAAUGGUGUCAGGGUUGUUUGGAGCAGUGUGGUCCACAGGGAUGUUUUACGGGCCCACCAUGGGUGGCUUCAUCACGCAGCGUUUAAGCUUCGAGUGGGCAGCUGCCAUCCAAGGAGGCCUGGCUUUCAUCGGUGCUUUCCUCCUGGCGCUGUAUUAUGUCGCGCAUCAGGCAACACCGCAAAGGCUUCCAGAUAAGAGGCAACAAAAUGACGAAACUCUUCCACUCCUGGAUGAAUAAAAUCCUUGUUGAAACUUUAGUGACAAUAUUUUAUAUCAUCACUACAUGAAAGUCAAAUCGCACACUUGAUGUUCUGAUAAAUCUUUUUUUUUUUUUUUUUUUUUUUAAAUAAAACUUGUACAUAUUUAAAUGCUAAACGGUAAGCCUGAUUCAUUAUACUUUCAUGUAAGAGUGCAUAUGAAAAUGGGUUUUGAAAAACGUAAAACACGGAAUACUGCCUGGGUGCGGUGUAAAAGAUGACAAACGAUACGCACAUGAAGGUAAAAAGUUUAAUACUGCAUAUAAAAUCAGAAAUCUACCAUAUUUUUCAGACGAUAAGUCACACAGACCAACAUGACCAGGUAGAAACUAUAUUACAUACAGAAAAGUGUAGUGGUGUGUUACAUUGCGUUAACAUGCUCUACACUCACUCAGUCAUUAUUAUAAAAUGAUUUUACAUUGUGAAAUGUAUUAGUCAAGUGUUUGAAAAAUAAUGUCCCUCAAAAAUGCGACUCCUAUUCUGUUGCAACUUGUGUGUUAUAUACAGUAUUAAUGUGACUGUCUGAAAAAUGUGAAAUAAAAAGUUUUGUCACAUUUUUUGG